UUCUAUGGCUAGACCCUCUUGGUGCUCUGAUGGGGGGCUCUUCGCACUUUUCGAAAGUUUACAUACCUCCCUGAAACUGCUGGUCAAGAACUGCUGAAUUUGAAUCUGUGGCUCUGCGGGUCUGCAGUCAGACCCUUCUCGCUAACGAAUGUGUUGGGACGUUGCCUAGUACUUACAGUAGGUGGCAGCAACCAAUUUAGAAAGUGUCAACUCUCCCAACAAAUCAAAAAGGAAGUAGUUAUUGCGCCGCUACACCGGCUUUGCGACUGGUGACCACUGCACUGCUGUAUUUUGAAGUGUUGAAGAAUGUGGCCGUCAUUUUUACGAUUCCUGUGGGUAUUUUAUAUUGCUUUGAACGCCUGUUCUGGAGAAAGACGCCUAAAAUACGUCACAUUACUAUAUCGGCAUGGAGACCGCUCCCCUGUCAAAUCCUACCCAACAGAUCCGUACAAAGAGAGUGCUUGGCCCCAGGGUUUUGGCCAGCUGACUCAGGUAGGAAUGAAACAACACUAUGAGCUGGGACAGAUGCUUCGCAAACGUUAUGAAGGAUUCCUCAAUGAAAGCUACAACCGUCAUGAGAUUUUUGUACGGAGUACUGACUAUGAUCGAACACUGAUGAGUGCAGAGGCCAACUUGGCUGGGCUUUACCCACCCAAUAAUUCGCAGGUCUUUGAAUCAAGUGUGCAUUGGCAACCUAUACCUGUUCACACAGUUCCCCAGAGUCAGGAGAGGUUGCUCUCAUUUCCCAUUGAUGACUGCCCUCGCUACAAGAUUCUCAUGAAUGAAACUGAGCAGACUGAUUUCUUCCUUAAUGUGACAGAAACAUACAAAGAUUUCCUGGAAAUGGUGCGGAAUGCAACAGGCCUGACUACUACCACUGUAGAAAGUAUUUGGAGUGUCCAUGACACCCUGUACUGUGAGUUCAAACAUAACAUGACAGCUCCAUCAUGGGUGACUCCUGAGGUCAUGGAGAAACUGGGGAGACUAAAGAACUUCGGCUUCCAGCUGAUGUUCGGAGUCUAUAAGCAGAAAGAGAAGUGUCGGCUUCAAGGAGGCCUGCUCUUGAAUCAGAUCAUUAUCAACAUCUCUGCACACGCUGUUCCAGAUUCUAAAGCCCCUCUGAAGAUGGUUGUAUACUCAGCGCAUGACACCACUGUAGUGGCUCUGCAGUCAGCUUUGGAUGUAUUCAAUGGGCGGCAGCCCCCAUACGCCUCAUGUCACAUAUUUGAGCUGUACCAGGAAGACAAUGGGUCCUUCACUGUGUCCAUGUUGUACCGCAAUGACAGCAGUAAACCACCUUAUCCACUGGCCCUGCCGGGCUGUGAACAGUAUUGCCCUCUGCAAGACUUCAUUCGUCUCACUAAGGGGGUCAUUACAACGGACUGGGAGAAGGAAUGUCAGGUGGAAACUACAGCAAAAGACACAGAAGUGAUGAUUGGGUUGGCAGUGUGUGCAUGCCUCCUCCUUCUACUCAUCGUGCUCCUCUUCACUGUGCUCUGCCGGAAACGGGAGACCUCAACUGGCUACAGUCACGUCAUUAAUGAUGGAGAUGAGAACUCCUGACAGUCAUACCGGCUUUUGAGGAAAGCAGACACAUGGGACAGCGAGGAUGACCUGUGAACGAUACAUCGAGCCGCCCCUCAUACAGCAUACUGUUUAGGAUGAAACGGAUGAGAACAUAUUGAAAUAUGUUGACUGAUUGUACUUAAGAAUUUGAGUUUGCUUGUCAAUAAGUUAAAAGAUUGGACUUGACAGUGCUGCAAAAAUUGUCUCGCUUACCUGCCGAACAUGAGUUGUUUGCCACAUGAUGAAUUGGCCCGGAAUUACAGUGAAAAUUACUGAAAUCUACUGGAAGAAUCUAGAAAACUAUGUUAGGUGUUGCUAUGAUAUCUGUGUGUUUAUCCAUUGUUGCCUUUGUCACAAUGCAGUAACCACAGUGAAUGUCCACUGAAUUGUUGCUUGGAGCAAGGUAUUGACUAUGUCCUUCCUUGACAGGGACCAACAUGGUUGUGUUUUUGUGUGAAUUCUGUUUACAUACGGUCAUUGUGCCACUUUAAAAAGUGGUUGUGUGAACCCACCAAAAGGGAAUAGCUGGUAGUGCUUCAUGUCUCUUAGCUUUUUAUGUUUAGUACACUGUCUAAUACAAUGCUACUUGCUAUUCAACUAAUCAAUGGCUGUCCAGUCCUGUCCUGAUUACUGCUUGGCAAUUGACCAACUUUCCACAUUUUUUUCCACAGAAGAGUUAAUAAUGGUGUGGUAGAAUUGAUAUGAUUUUUUAUGUUUCAAUAAUUUGUCAAAUGGAAUUAUCCUGACAGUGAUUUGCACAUUUUGGAAAACACCUCAAGCAAAAAUGAUUGUGCCAAUUUAGUAUUUAUAUAAUAAAUUAGAUUUUGAAUCCCCCUGGUGGACAUCUUUAUGGGAUGUAAUUAAUUAAUACUGAAAUGAUUUGUCUGACUUCCACUCUGUAGUGAGGAUCUAAAUAUUUGUAAAAUUAUAUAAGCUUUGUUCUAGUUGUUUUUUAUAUGAAUUGUUUACAAGGUGUCCAAUUUUCUCUCAGACUGUAUAUAUGGAAUAUUUUAAAAUGGCAAAGGAAAGGGAAUGUAAAAAUGAAAUAUGCAAAUAAAUACAAUGAUUUUACUAA